AUGGAUAACAUCUCCUGCCCCGCCCAGGGGGGCGGCAACCCUCCCACAACAGGCAUCCUCUCCCUCCCCGACGAGAUCCUAAUUGAGAUAUUCACUCUCGUAAAAACCUACAAGCCAGCCAACCGCGCCACACACAUCGGCUUCGCCUCCUCCGCGGCCGACAUCGUAAGCACCCGCCUCGUCUGCCGCCGCUUCGCGGCCGCCAGCGCACACCUGCUCGUACAUUACAUCCGGCUCGAAGGCAUCGACGCUCAGUCCCUAGAGAAACUCGAGACUAUCUCGCGCCACCCGCUCAUCAGCAAGGGCGUGAGAAUUGUCAGACUUGAGGCGGUUUGUUAUGUGCACCAGUUGGCUAGCAAUCUGAACGAGUUCGCGGGCUGGGCUGUGCGGAGGGUGUUGGAACGUGCGCAAAAGUACCAGCGGGCUUGCGAGAGGACGCUGGAGAGGGCAGAGUCUGGGGGAUAUGGCUAUGACCAAGAUGUAGUGUUGCAGAGAGCGAAGGUGGCGGCUGUGCUGGAAAGAGUCAAGGCUGUGUUGAAAACAUGGAAUCUUGUCAGCACGGGGAAUGCGCGAGAUCUGCUUUGGAACUUGGAGAGGUUCUCAGACACUUCCGUGUCUGAGGAGGACAGACAUCGCCACAUCGAGUUACUGCGUGCUGCACACAGGCGCUACCAGCUACGAUACAGCGAACAGGAAAGCCUGCGAGAGGGCAGCAACGCCUUUGUGGAGAGAUUUACUGCGGCCAUAGCACGUAUGCCCAGGAUGAAGGCUCUCGAGCUACAAGACUUCCAUCAUCAGGAGGACAUCAAAUACCCAGAUUUUGAGGAUGUGGAUCAAAAUGUAUUCGUCAGUCCUACCACACGAGACGAAGAAUACGACGGUCUUCUCGAUCUUGACGUCGUCGUCAAGCCUUUGUCUUGGAACCAAGUUUUGUGUCAGCAGCUGGGAAUGCCUCCGGCCCAAGUCCUCUUCAACCUUCCCCUCGCUAUACAUGAGUCUGGCUGCAAGCUCGACAGGAUCUGCGUUCGGACGACCACACCUGCAGAGCAAUAUUACCGACUUCUUUGGGAGACCGUUGAGCAGAAUCCUGUUAGACUCGCCUCCGCGGUCAGUUCUAUGGGUAUCAAGGAUUUCGCCUUCAUCCAUGGGUGCGGGCACGGUUCCAGGGAACGGAAGACACCAAAUACCGAGGAUACAGCAGCGUUUCAACGCUACAUCGCUGCCAUGACACACAGCAACAGCCUCGAACGGUUCAGACUUGCUGUCGACAGCGGCUGGGUCGAAGGCAAUCUCAAUUCGGAUCACUGUUUCAGACUUGCCUCUUUGGCCAUGCCGUGCAUUGAUACGACGUUUGGCGGGCCCACGCGCUCGUGGAUGAAUAUGAAGGACAUGCACCUGUCUGACAUGCCCCUACGUCUCACUGAUCUGGAGUGUCUUGAGAAUAUACUCAAAGGAAACGGUGUUAGACUGCAAUACUUGACCUUGUCACGCAUCAAAUUGGUGGACGGGACCUGGGCACAGGCCCUGGAGAUCCUGCGCCGGCUCGUUGUGGCCGACAAGGAACUACUCGAACCUGUUGGAGCCGAAUGUGAUGACCCAGCCAUGUCGCUUUCUGGGAGAUAUAACGUGGUCUUUGGCACUAGACCUGGGCAAGAGAGUGUGGCUGGGCAUUUUAUCAACGGUAGAAUUGAGAAUAACCCGCUGGUUCAUGGUAUGAAUGAGGAUCAUCCUCCUCAAGCAGAAGGAGAAGGUUUGGUUGAGGGAAAGGAGGCUGAGAAUGUGGACAUAACCAAAGGCAAUAUGCCAGAAUAA